AAAUUCGAAAAAAGAACUAUUGUUCUGAGGAUUUGCAAUAAAUUUAUUUGUUUACAAGUUCGGUGUUGUAGAAAUAAAAGUUUGUUCUGAAAUGAAUCCAACCGCUUUAAUUUUAUCUUAUGGAAGGCUUUCUCCAACGCAGAUUACCGAAAAUAUACUAUCUGAACUGAAUCAGUCAAAAGUGUUAACAAGUAAUUCAUACGAAUCAACAAUUAUCAACAGUUUUAAAUGUGACAUUAGUACAAAAUAUUAUAGUACCAGCAUAUCUUUAAUUCCUUUUGAUGGAAAAUUUGAGAGUAUUCCAACUGAAAUAAAAAAGCUCACAGAGGCUCUAAUCAUUUAUUUUGAGCCAACUGAUAGAUCAUUUAUCAAAUGUCUUUCUGAAAUAAAUGACUUUAUAAAAGUUAAUGAAAUCCAAAUUGGGUUCCUGGUAACAACAUCAUUUACUGGCGAAGCAAAUGAAUUAACAUUGGAAGAACUUAAAGAGCACACAGAUGUAUUAUUUGAUAUUGUAACACUACAAGAAGAUCCCGAGACAACAGAAGAGAUAAGUUAUGCAGAGAUUCUGGAGGGGCUGAGAAAUUGCGUAUGGUCAAAUGUAAAAAUCAGUUCAAAUCACAAGCAUUCAAACAAUACUGAAGAACUGGAAAAUCAACUGAAUGAUUUUGAGAAGUUGCUUAUUACUGCUCAAAAUUUACGAAGCGAUACCAACUUAACUAGAGACGAAAUUUUAAAUAAAGCAGAACAGUUUGCUGAAGUUAUGUCAGCCAUAUUGAAUGAUAGCGACAGUGAUUAAUUGUUAUAAGUUUAAAAAAAAAUGUAAUACCCAAAUACAAAACAUAACAUUCAAAUUUAA